AUGGCGCUAGUAGAGAGGUCGCCGAUAAAAGGCGCCAGACGGCAGGAGAAUGCUGGUGACAGAGGGCACGAGAAUACUGGUAGUCAGGGGGAAAUAAGUCAGUGGGAGAAGUGGGAGGAAGGGACGGAGACAGGUAGCGUGCGAGAUGAGACGGAACAUCCAGGGACGGACAGUGAAAAAGAAGAGGAGGUUUUUAGUACCCCUAAGGUUUUGAGAAAGUUGUCAACGUCUUCAUUGCCGGACUACGCGUUAUUUAGUGCUAGGAAAAGAGGCAGACCGAAGGGAUUGGCAAGUUUUGCUAAGAUAACAAGGAAAGAUGUAGGGCUGUGGCAAAAGCAGGUGAGGGAUAGAAGGAAGGCUAGGGGGGAAAAUGAUCAGGAAGAGGAGGGUAAUGAGGGGGAGAAUAACGAGAGAGAGGAAGAGUUGAAAGAUUAUAGUGAUGUACUGGCAGGAAUGGGGGAGAUGGCGAGAGCAGUGAUGAAAAUGAGUGAGGAGACUAAUAAGAAAAUAGAAGAUUUGGGGAAGGAAAUUAAAGUGGCAAGGGAAGAAAGCGAAAGGAAAGAGGAGAAGAGGGAUGAAAAAAUGGAUAUGAUUAGAGGAGAGGUGAGGGAGAUAAGAGAUAUGUGGGCAAAUUGGGAAGAAAGAUGGAGAGGAGAGAAAGAAGAUUUAAUGGAAAAAGUAGUGAUGGUUGAAACCACACUGGAGAGAGUAGAGAGAAAGAGAAGUGCCGAGAUGUCGAUGCUGGAGAAGAGAGUUGGGCAAUUGGAGAUAAGAGAAGAGGCAACUGGGAGUAGACAGGGGACAGAAGAGGGUCAAACGGGGGAGUUGGAGAGGAAAGUGGCAGACCUGUCCAGAUUAGUAGAGCGGUUGGAAAAGGAAAAAGGAAAUGUUGGAUUACAAUUAGAGGUUUAA